AUGGGUAACAUCAUGUCAACCAGUUUCGCGCCUGAAUGCGCCGAUCUGAAGCACACCUACGACAAGUGCUUCAACCACUGGUACAGUGAAAAGUUUCUCAAGGGCUUGUCCAUGGAAAACGAGUGCUCCAAGCAGUGGUAUGCGUACACCACUUGUGUCCAGGCCGCGCUCGUGAAACAGGGUAUAAAACCGGCACUGGACGAAGCCAGAAAGGAGGCACCUUUUGAGAAUGGCGGAGAGCCCGAGAAAGUAGAGUGA